AUGAGGGGUGUGCUGCUGGCCGCCCUUCUGGCUUUGGUCUUGGUGCCCAGGGCCCGGGCCGCGUGGCUGGGGAGGCUGGACCCUCGGAAGCUCCUGGGGUCCUGGUACAUUCUCGCCGUGGCCUCGGGGGAGAAGGACUUUGUGGUGGAGAAGGCCACAAAGAACAUCGAGGGGGUCGUGGUGACCCUCACGCCAGAGAACACCCUGAAGAUGCUGUCCUCCCGGCACAGGCUGGAGAGGUGCCACCUGCAUGCUGUGGAACUGGUGAAACAAAAUUCCAGAUGGGUGUUCGGGAAUCCCUCCCUGGGUGUGCUGGAGUACCGGGUGCUGGGCACCAACUUCAGGGACUACGCCAUAGUGCUCACGCAGCUGGAGCUCCAGGACGAGGCCUUCAGCACCGUGGAGCUGUACAGCCGGACGGAGCUGGCCAGCCAGGAGGCCGUGGGCCUCUUCACCAAGUGGAGCAGGAGCCUGGGCUUCCGGUCCCAGCAGCAGGCCAAGCUGCAGGAGGACCUCACCUGUGCACACAAGGUCUUCCAGAGUCCCUCUGGCCCGGAGGUGGGAGCUGGGCUGGAGGCAGCUGCUCCUCCCGCAGGGCUCACGACGGCCCCGGGCAGGCAGGAGGCUGGUCCGCUCAAUUUGGAGGAAGACCCUGUGAUCUGGAUGAAGUUCCCGGCAGAGCACAAGCCAUCAGGGGAGGUGGGCUGGGAGCAGGGUGGGGACUGCCUCUCACUUGAGGACAGGAGGCCCAGGAGCCUCCCUGUCAGGUGCAAUGGCUCCAGGGGACAUGUGGUGACCGGAGGCCCAGGAGGUGACCUCGGGAUCAUCAUGGUCUCCAUCUUUGGGGCAUCCCAGGGCAGCAGCUGUGCCGCUCCGAGGGCCGAGGGCUGGCUCGCGGCUGCAGGCUGGCCGGACACCCACGCAGGGCUGGUGGCCUGGGACAUUUAA